ACACACACACACACACACACACACUUGGUGGUUCUCUCAGAUGAAGCAGAAAUGAGACGUGGUUGUUGAAAUUCUAAAUCACAGCGAGUUGGGGAAGUGACAGUGUAAGUGAGAGAGCGUGUAGACGAGUGUGUUGAUGAGUGUGUAUACAUGUUAACACACAACACCAGCUGAGGAACAGCAGAGCUUCUGAUGAAGAACAGUGUGAUUCAGACUGAGUUCAGUAAUGGAGGUCCUGCUGCUUCCUGUCCUCAUCCUCCAUGCCAUUUCAGGAUGUGCAUGUUUAUGGACUGUAGAAAAAGUGACAGCUAAACUCGGUGGCUCCAUCACAAUUCCCUGCCACUACAACUGGAGGUUCAGAGAGCAGGAAAAGUACUGGUGCAGAGGGAGGAUGUGGUACACAUGUGUGCGUGUGAGAGAGUGGGCAGGCCGAUUUAGCGUGAUGGACAACCCGGACGAGCUGGUUAUCACACUCAUGUUCUCUGAGCUGCGAGUCCAAGAUGCUGGAAGGUACUGGUGUGCCGUCGACAUUAGCGGAAAGAGUGAUAUCAGGACAUCGUUGGAGCUGCAAGUGACUGAUGGUGAGAACCUUGGAAUAAUUCAUGCAUUAACUUUGACGGUCAGCAGUGCAUUGUUGUGUGCUUCUGAGGGAGGAAUUGUGCAUGUGCAGUGUUUGUACAGCGACAGACUGAAGAAGGUGGAAAAGAAGUGGUGUAGGGGUGGAGACCUGCACUCCUGCCAAUCUCAGCGCAGUGCUCAGAUAUCCCAGCAUGCACAGCUGCAGCUCAGAGAUGAGGGGCAAGGCUUGCUCAGUGUGGCGUACACGGGGCUUCAGACAGAUGAUGCCGGCUGGUACUGGUGCAGUGCCGCAGGAGUCCAAGCACCUGUACACAUCUGCAUCACAACAACACAUAACUACACACUACACAAUGACACAGUGUAUAGUGAUCCUCCAUCACCAUCACACACAUCCACUACUACAGUAACACACUCAAACACACACAAUCCACACAUACACACACUCCACACACAAACACCGCCCAGCUUUUUACGUGGCUCAACCACAUCUUCAACCACAUCCUCGACAUCUGUGAUACCUGAGAAUGUGUUCACUUCACCUGCGAUAGUGCUAGAAUAUCCAUCAAACAUACCUGAAUCCCCGCCCAUUGCUACACCCACUGCCUCACACAGAUUGAGUGUGUGUGUGAUCAUGCUUUUGGCUGCAGUGAUGUCAGUACUGGUGGGUGCAGUGUGUUGGAGAUGUAGGACACACCAGCGUGAGGCUCAGGUAAGGGAGAAGUGGGCGGAGUCAGCCAAGCUCAGUGUGAGUGAUGAUGCUGAGCUGCUGGACCAUGAUUGGAGCAGAGCCGUUGUCCUUCAACUCCAAGAAGAAUCAAAUUCUUAGAUGGCCACACCGCAUAUAAACACACAUACACACACGGGCACACACAUACACACACAUACACACACAUACACAUAUGCUUUUACAUUUGGUUAUGGAUUUGUUUUAAUGACAUCACUCAGACUUCACUUUAUUUUAUUUCAUGUUACAUUACAGUUAAACUGUAUAUGAAUAUAAAAAAAUAAAAAUGUGUUAAUGAUGGAUGUUUGGAUGUGACAGUUGUGUGGAUGUGACAGGUGUCUGGAUGUGGAUCUUGGAUUUGGAUAUGAUGAGUGUUUGUAUAUGACAAGUGUUUGGAUUUGACGGGUGUUUGGAUGUGACGAGUGUUUGGAUGUGAUGGGUGUCUGGAUGUGACAGGUUUUUGAAUGUGCGUGUUCGAAUGUGAGUGGUUGCACCAUGUGAGUUUGUGAUCUACUCACGUCCAGUAAAGUAACUGAAAUGUGUACUGAAAUAUCAGGAAACUGUUAUGCAUUUUUAA